UUCAGUUUCCUUUCAGUGUUUCACCAACACACCCUGGACAGAAAAACUCUUCAUUGUGUUGACUGUAGUGUGACAGCUUCUGCAGAGUGAGUUCAAGUGCAAGGAAAGGAGUGAAAUAUAACCUGAUCUAAAGAAAGAUGAAGUUUGUAAGGUUUUUCUUAAGUAUAGCACUGUCAUUACAAGUAAUCCACUUUGGAAAUGGUUGCAAGGAGAACUGUAAUAACAACCCAGAUCAGAAAAAUCAAAGCACUUCCUUAAACACCUUUACUGCUAUAAAUAAUAUCAAUUCUGAGAGGAGGAGGAGAAACCCAUCUGAGGUUUUACCUUUCACUGGGCUCACACACUCGAGCAAAUUGAACAAAAACUGCUGUCAGAAUGGUGGGACCUGUUUUUUGGGAAGUUUCUGCAUAUGCCCCAAAUACUUUGCUGGCAGAUAUUGUGAACAUGAUAAACAAAACAGGAGUUGUGGUGCCAUUGGCCAUGGAGAGUGGACUCAGGAAGGAUGUUUUUUAUGCCAGUGUCUCUAUGGGAUUCUGAACUGUUUCCCUCAAAGUGUAGAAGAGAGGUGUGGUCCUACAAAGAAAAAGCUGCCUGAUUGGAUUCAACCUGGAAUCAGUUCUGAAGGACUAAAGCUUCAAAUGACAAAGUACAUCCUUACAGCUUCAUUACUAUUCUCACUGCUCUGUCAGCUCCUCUAAGUAUAACAAAGAUAAGAAAAGUUACCUCCUUAUUGUUAAAGUAACUUGAAGUUUCUAUGAUUUUACCUUUAACUGUAUGGGCCAGAAGCGAUUUGAUUUUCUCUAUGUAAUACUAGGCCUAAUCACUUAAUCAUUAGGUGUAUAGCUGGCAGGGAGAGAUGUCAUUCUAUACCACUAUGCGUUAGCAAGUGGCUAAAUGAGUGUCUCCUCAUCACCCCACUGAAAUAGCCCUAUUAAUUGUUUUCAAAUAUUGGCAUCUAUGAUGAUUAAUAUUGAAAGAGCAAUUCUUCCAGUGGAAGAAAGGCGCAUUUUUUUUCAUCUACUUUGGCUAAAAAGCCAUAAUUGUAUUUGUAAAUAUGAUUCAGCUUUAUAUUUGUAAUGUUAAUGUCUAAUUUAUUGUUUUAAAGUGUUUGGCUAUGUUGAUCACUGAAAAGACAGAAUCUGAAUAACUGAGUGUACAAUAAAGAAAGACUUUCUAUACAGUGUCUUUAAGGUUGAAGGAACUUUGUUACUUUCACUUUUCGAUCAGUGUUCCUACAUGGAAAUAAACUUAUUUUAAGAACU